AGGGCUCUCGUUGUUGUUUCCCCAGACUACGGCAUUCAGGCCAAUUUAGGGGAAGAGGAGGAGAGUGGGAGGAGGAGAAGGAGAAGGAGGAGAAGGAAUAGGAAGCUGAGCUGUGAUUAGAGAGAGGGAGGAAGGUGACUAAUAGUGACUGUCACUUGGCUUAUUGUAGCUCGGCAGGAGGAGGGAGGAGUGCUGACAACCAGUCAACCGGCAUAUGAAUGCACUAGUUGGUCAGGCCCAGCCAGCAAACAAGUGUCUGUCUCUGUCAGGGAGUGUGUGCAUUACACGUGGAGGAGCAGAUCUCUCCUGGAUACAGUAUGUUGUCUUUGGGAUAGCUGAAGAGUUGCUGCUUCCUCUACCUCUCGGGCUGGACUGCGGUGCAUUGACGUCGGCUCGCCCUCCCCUGCCCCCUCGCCCCCCAGCAAUGGCCUCACGCAUCGGGCUGCGGAUGCAGCUAAUGCGAGACCAGCUGCAGCAAGAGGAGCAGCGUGAGAGGCAGCAGAUCCAGCAGCAUCAGCAGCAGAAUGCAGCCCUGCAAUACAUGCAGCAUCGCAUGGCUGGGCCACCUGCACCCACCCCGGCCAUCAGCACCCCACAGCAUUACCAAAGCAUGCAGGUCCCCGUCGAGGUUCUUAAGGUACAGACCCACCUUGAGAAUCCUACAGACUACCACAUCCGUCAGUCUCGGAGGCAACAGGUGAAAGAAUACCUGUCCACCACCUAUGCCACCAAACAGACGGUCCACGCAGUAGCAGGGCCGGUGCAGCCCUCUCCUCCCACAAACAUGGGACCUACAGGGGGCUCAGCGUCUGCCCCCCCACCCCUCCACUCCCCACACUUGCGCACCGAGCAGAUCAUGUCUGGAAACAGCGCCCCAAACAGCCCCAUGGCCAUGCUCAACAUCGGCUCCAGCCACGAGACAGAGAUGGAUGAGGUCAUUGAUGACAUCAUCAGUAUGCAGUCCAAUUACGACGAUAUUCAGGCAUAUAUUGACCCCAUCCAGAUGCCAAACACACUCCCGCUGUCUAGCAGUCACCUGGAUGUGUAUACAGGUCCGGGGAUGAAAGGCCCAGCCAUUGCUAUGACCAGUAACUCCUGUCCCGCCAACUUGACCAUCAAACGAGAACUGUCAGACACAGAAGCCCGUGCCCUGGCUAAGGAGAGGCAGAAGAAAGACAACCACAAUCUGAUUGAGAGGAGAAGGAGAUUCAACAUCAAUGAUCGUAUCAAAGAGCUGGGCACCAUGAUCCCUAAAACCAAUGACCUUGAUGUACGCUGGAACAAAGGCACCAUACUGCGGGCGUCUGUAGAGUACAUCAAACGCAUGCAGAAGGAUGCUCAUCGGUCCAGAGAGGUGGAAAACAACUUUAAAAGGAUGGAGCUGACCAACAAACAACUGAUGCUACGCAUCCAGGAGCUGGAGAUGCAGGCUCGUCUACAUGGCCUGCCCAGCAGCAACUCCCCCUCUGCCCUGAACUCAGCUGACCUGAUGGCUUCUUACAUAAAACAAGAGACCAGCCCAGAGGAGAACCUCUCCCACCAAGCACAAGCCCAUCACCAGCCCCAGCACCUACCCCAAAACCAGCCUCAUCCCCAGGUCCAGCAACACCACUUCCUCCCGCAGUCCCACCUCCACCCCCAGAGCCAGGUUCAGCAACAGCACAGGCAGCUGCCACCGCUCCCACAACACCUGCAGCAGCAGCAGCCACCCAUCCAGUUCCCAGCUGUAGGCAGCUCCCAGCCCUUUGACUUUAACCAGUCGCUGGACUUGUGUGAUGGGAUACCCGGCUUCUCAGACGGCAUGUCGGGGCUAGGCGACCUGGGCGGGCUGGACAUGCAGGGGAGGAGAGGCGAGCUGGGCUUCCUGAUGAUGGACGAGCCCUUGUCCCCUAUGGGAGGAGACCCUCUGCUCUCCGCGAUGUCGCCUGAAGCCUCCGUCGACUCGAGCCGCAGAUCCAGCUUCAGCAUAGAGGAUGGAGACAUACUGUAGACACGUGUGCACACACACACACACACACACACACUCACACAAAUGCAUGCACAAGCAGCACAAAGAGGUUUCAGAGAGGUUGCAGUAAAAAUAUAAAAAUAAAAAGUGACAGUACAUCUGCACAACACAACACAUUUACAGCACACACAACAUAAAGGAAUCAGCCGGCACACACAGAUACUCUCUAUACACAUCACACAUCUCGAACAUACACCGUUGACACUCAUUUGUGGUACAAUUAUCUCCCUGUAAUGGCACUAGCAAAAGAAGGUACACAGCCCUCACACAGUUGAAAAUAUUCGGUAUAGGUUGCAAGCACACACAAGUGCAUAUGAGAUAAAUUGAGCAGUUUGAAACUUUGCCCAACAGAGCAUUUGCAAGAGGUGAACCAACACCGCCGGGUCAGGAGUUAUAUAGCGCACUUGGCCUUGUUUCCAUAAAGGUGGCCCUGAAUCAUAAUUGAACAAGGCGACAAAACCAGCAGUUAAUUAGAUUGAAGUUAUCAGAUACAAGGACAACCGAGCGCAUUGUCUCACUUGAUAGAGGACAAGUUAUUUUCUCCUUACAUCAACCUCUUUUAGUAACCAUAAAUGAUUGAAUGAACGAUAGUGAAUAAAAUGGAAAUAGCGUCAUGGUCCUGCAUGCAUAAUUUAUCUUAAAGGGGAUGCAGUCCAGUCACAUUGUUCUCUCCCUCAAUCUGUUAUUCCGGUGUUGGCGUUUUCCUCUAGCACCAGCUGUGUGGUGUUUGACAAAGAGCUGAGGCGUGCUCUUUAAGUGUCCGCAUUUUAGGAAACAUUUUUAAAACUCACUGGAGGAGGCAGAUAAUCCAGCUUUAAGCAAAGCCCCUUUAAGUUAUUUCAUCCACCCGUUUUCUCGCUGUUAUUGUUGUCUUCUCACAAAUGCACACUGCUGUCCCCCAAUUUCUACCCCUUUAACACCUGACACCGUCAUGACCUCGUGUGUCUUCAAAAUACAGCUUGUCGUCCAAAACUGUGAGGUGUCAAAAUACUCAGGUACUGUAACAGGAUACACCAGCCGGAUCAUUUUUAAGCAGUAGCAGAUGUUAACCUGAGCUAUGUCCGUCUCAUAACCCCUAUCAAUGUGCCUUUUCAUUUUUGCAGCUGCUGCGCCUUAAAGGCAUGUUUUUAUAGGUUAGAGAUCACGAACAGGGUUUAGAUUUAAUAUCAUCUUCAAUUAUGCCUGUAAAUGCUUUAGAUUUUGCUUCUUCGCCAUCUGUACUUUUGUUGUUGCAGGAGAUAAACGUUUCAUUUUUCUCUCAUUAACUGACUUUGUCGGGCUCGGCUUGCAUGAGAGGCCUAGGUGAAGGAAAGAUACAGUGACAGGGUUUAAAACUGGAGAGAGAAAGUGGUAGUUUGUCUUAUCUGACAGCGGAGGUAGUGUAAUUUUCACUGUUAAAGCACAGCUUCAGCACACACUUGCAUGCAUUCACGCUCUCACUCGGUUCACAAACAGGCAUGGAUUAAACAUGCAGAUGCCCACCUAGCACACAGACACACACAUGCAUUAUAGUGCUCACAUACAUACAGUGCAGCCUUGAGGCUGUUUUCAAAUCAGCAUGUUAACAAGUCUCCUGCGCUUCAGUCUCUCCCCCAACGGGUCGAGUGAAGCUGCCCGCUGCAGAGGUAAAACUCAGGUGUGCUGCUUCAAACUAAAGAGAAUCUGUGAUCCCGCUCACUACAGAUGUCACUGUGAUGGUUGGGGACAGCUGAGGCGGACCUGAGUUGUAUCUCUGCUGUGGUAGACCCUGGGCUUGGCUUUGAUUUGAUAUAGCUCACGAUCAGUACUGAUGAAGGUAGAAAAAAAAACCUUUGAUUUUUUUUUUUUUUGAUUAAAAGAUGUGUUUUGUUUUCUUUAUUAUAGUUUGUUGUUUAUUUUAUCUCCCAAAGCACUGGAAACUAUAUUAUUGUUUUGACUUUGUACAUGGAAGAAUUAUGGAAUAAGAUUUAUUUCAGAUGUUGUAUACCACUAAGCCACUUAAAUGUGUUUUAUUUGUAUUUGUUGUUUUAGUUUCUAUUUCAAUUUUAUUCCAAAACUACCCUUUCUUGUCAGAGCCAUUUUCGGUAAGCACGCUGUAAAGGCACACAAGCCACAAUGUUUAAUUGGGGAAGCAGUGGCGUUCCGUUUGUAGACUUAAAGAUUUCAACUGACUUUAGAGAGAUGAAGAUAUUAUGUACAUUUAUGAUGCCAUUUUUAUAUGAUUGGGUUUUUAUUUUUCUCUCUAUUUUAACUUUGAAUUUUGGAGCCAGACAGAAACUUGAUGAUUUGAUUUGAUUGAACUCAAAUUGCUCAUUUUAUGAAUGUAAGAUUUACCAGAGGUUCUGGUCAGACUGAAGGAGGUGGACGUUUUCGCCGUGCCUCCUUCCUCCCUGACUUUGGUUUCCAUGGAGACUGGAAGACGACAGACUUCACAUAAACUCUGAGCCAAGGAGUUGUGGUCGCCAUGGCGUGGUAUCACUGACUCUGUGUUGGUCUCUGUCUGCCAGAGUUGUGCCUUUUCCUGAUCAGCCACAGUUUGACUGUUGUUCUUUCACCCAGCCAACACUCCAAAGAGCUGCUCAGGCCUCCUCUACUCUUCCACUAGAGGGCGCUCUGCAGAGCAAACUACACAGGGAAAAGUGGUUCUGAUUUUACUGAGAAUAUAAAAUGUUUUACCAGAAUCCUUCAA